CGAGUCCUGGCGUCGAGGCGGCGAGAGAGCGACUCGGCCCGGCGACGCGCGCGCACGACCGCACGACCGCACGACCGCACCUGGCAGCGCCGCCUGUCCCAUCCCAUUACCUUUUGCCGCGUGUGGUGGCGCCAGCUAGUCUGCCACACUGCGCCGAAGGUCGCCCUAGGCUCUGACUCGGCUGCCCCUCGCAGCUCUUAGUGCUGUCCUCAACCCCGCAUUCUGCGCAGUACCGACACGUCCUAGUAGAUCCGCAAGCCACCUUCGCCAGAGCGUUGGAAGCAAACGACCACCUGAAGAGUGUCAGACACGGAUCAACUGUAGGCCGUCGACAAAAUAAUAUUGAGGGCUAGAGGUUUACAUUGUUAGUAGUACUCUCCAUGGCCUGCGUCAGCGCCAUCAACAACAACAACGUCGUCGUUGGUGGUGCAGUCUCAGAUUGCGACAACAUGAACGGAGUCACCGUCAGCGCCACCAAGCCGGGCUCGAAGCCGGAGACGGCGUACACCCGCGGCCAGGCCACGCUAUUCGGCUUCAAGAGGCGCCCGCUGCCCGCCGCCGCCAGCACACCCGCCGCUCCGCCGGACAACAGCGCGCCGCUCAGCAACGGCUCCUCCCAGGAAUCACUGACAGCUAUAAGUCCUAUCCAGUCCGGCAGAUCAACUCCUCGCUUGCCACGUCCGAAGAGGGAUAUUGACGGCAAUCAAACUGUAAGCAGUGGAUCUGCAUCACUGAGGCCUAACCGCUUUGGAUUCAGAGGGCCCUCUCUCACCAACAAGGUUGCAGACGUCAACCGUGACAUUCCCAUUGUAUCACCCAUCACUACUAACAGCCAUACAACUAGCAGCAACAACAAUAACAACAACAAUAAUAACAGCAACAUUAAUAACAACAACAGUGGCACUGUUGAAACAGAUAGCCAAGGAAGUGAGAAACCUAGGUCCAAAGGAGGAGGGCGAAAUCCACAGUCUGGUAUACCGAGACCGAAGGAAGUAGUAAGCAGUAUACCAGUGCCUGACAGCAACAGACAAGUAAAGCGGUCAGCCAUUCCACAGCCAAAUAAUGCUACAUGUGCUACACGCUUCACUCUGCAGACAACUCUCUUACCAAAACCUCAGUACCCUGUCAGGCUGACGUCUGUGGAUGCCGAGGAAACAGAGUCCCUUGCUCCUUCAAAGAAUGCCAAGACGGCAGCCAAUAAGAAGAGAGCAGGUCGUAUGGGCUCUGGAUCCUCUGGCAGCCGAGAGGAUGGCUCUGAUUCAGGGAUUGGUAUAGGAAAUGGUGAUUCUGACACACUACAUGGCAUUGAGCAGCUGGAACGCAGUCCUAGUGCUGGUCUUCGCAGGAAAGCUCGUCACCUUGAAGUAGUCUUAGGCAACAACAAGAGCUUUGAUGUCAGAGAUAUAACAGACAAAGAUAAAGAUGAAGAAGAUGAUGGGCAGACAGUUAUUACUGAAAUAUCAGUCAUCUCACUGCCCAAAACAAACUACCGCACAGCAUCUAACAAAAAGGCUGUUACUACCAGCGGGAUCAGGAGGCCCAUCAGAUAUCAGGGGUCAGGUAUACCGGCUUACGGUAAUGUGGGCUGCAGAACAGCUGAUGAAAGUUCUAUUGCAACAAAUAGUGUCUCCUCUCCAUCUUCAGAGGAACACAGAGAUGAUGAUAGCUGUAGUUUGGACACAGAGGAGGCAAAAGUAUUUGACGACAGGGCACAAAAUGAGAAGUCUGCUCGUGACCUGCUGAGUGUUGGUGGAGGCCCAGAGGAAGAUUUGUGGGGUCAUGGUGAGGCAAUGGCAGAGGGGUACAGUAGUUCAGAAGGGGGUGAUGAUUGCCCUGUGUCAAUAUCUGCCACUGAUAACACCAACAGUUCAGAUGAUCUGUCUGUCAGUCGCUUAGCUGCACGUCAUCACAACUUGCACCAUGCUAGGCCAGCAGGUUAUGAGCCAAACAAGCGCGUAACCAUCGAGGACACUUUAUUCGCUGCAAUAGCAGCGUCCUCUUCUGCAACACUAAUUGAGGAUGAGAGAAGCCCAGCUGAUAGUAUGAUAAGCAGUGGUUCAGCUAGUUCAGAGGCUUCAGAAGAUGUGUCAGAGUGUUUGGAUACACACAGCUUAGUACAGGAAUCAGAUCAUGUUGACUCUCAAGAAAAGGAUGCAGAUGGAUCACAGAAAAUUAUAGAACGGCCAAGUUCAGUGGCAGUGACAUCCCACCCCCAUUCUCGUGAAGUUGCAAGCCCCUUAAGUCCGGGAACACCUACCAAUGCUUCGAACUCUCUUUCACUGUCUGAAGGGCGAGAUUUUCUGAUUGAUGAUGAAAUUGCUGACCAACCUGGUCUGACAUUUGGUGGUAGUGGCACUGCUGGCAGUGCAGCUGUUGCAGACCUCACCUCCUCAUCAGCAGGUUGCAGUAGCCUCCUGCUGUCAGUCACGGAAAAUACUACCACACUGGUUGAUUCCAGUCCUCGACCAGCAGUCAGACAGCACAUUGCAUCUUUAUCAGUGGAGGGAAGUCCAGGUCCGAAACGAGGUCGCCGAUUAAGCAGGGCUGGGUCAGUUGACACACUAUCUCCCUGUGAGAGCAUUGCAUCAGAUGAUCUCAUGCUGGACUAUGAACAGAGUGAAGGGAGCACGUUUGACUGUACAGCAGAAAGCCGGCUUGAUGGAUCACUGGGUGGUCUCCAGUCCACUGGUGAUAAUGUGCAUGGGGAUUCUGAGGCGGACUCCUGCAAGUUAAACUCUAUUGGGGAAUGGUCAUCCGUGCUUAGAGCCAGCAUGAAGGAGGCUGCGUUGGUGGCGGGACGUCCAUCACGCGCCCUGAGAUCUCGUACAGGGAGCACACCGACACCAACUCCUGACUCGCCUAAGUCCUCUGUGGGGGCCAAGGCUAGUCCUCUCCGUCCUACCAGGCAGUCUUCUGCUUCGGCAUCUGGAUCGGACUGUGAAGAUGGUGGACUAUGGUUGGAUCGACAUACGUACCAUUCAAUCUGCCAAGAUAUUGUCAAUCAUAAAACAAUGCUUUUGAAGUUGCUUCGACACCUGCAAAAGCCAAUUCAGAAUGAAGAGAACGGUUUGAUGAGGGCUGAAACUCUCAACCCAUUCGACACUCAAUUGAAGAAUGGUCUCUUCUAUAAUUUGGCAAGUACUGAUGGUCCUGUUGGUGAGACUGAUGAAACAAAUCGAUCUCCCCAAGAGGAACUGGCUGAUUUGAGGCGGCAGGUGGUUUUCCUCCAGCAGCAGCUAGAAGAUAAAGAACGAACCAUCCAGCUGCUUCAGGUGCAGAUGACGAAGUACACAGACAAAGCACGUGAGAACAAUGUGAACACAGACCAGGCAGAAACUGUCAAUGCUGCCACACAGACUGAGAGAUUGAGACCAGUCUCUGCUGGGCCUUCGUUGCUGCAGUCCCUCCCAUCAGACUCUGCAAAUGGGCCAUUGGUCAGCUUCCGGAUUGGAAAGGUAUUCGAGUGAAGUGUGGCUACGGAGAGCUUCGACUGCGACCCGGCUGCCAGCACCUUCACCUACCGUCGCAAGGUUACCGAAGCGUGGAACAGCUGCCACAGUGCAGUCAAACUCUGCCCAGCUCCCAGUUCAUAGCCACACACCGUCCUCUGGCAUCCCAACGAGAAGGCCUCAGCAACUUCCUGUCGUGACUACAAAGACUAGCUGACAAAGAGCACAGUAAAAACCUUCUACAAAUGUGCAAUAUUUUUCAAAGGUGCGCUAUUGACCCUCUCCACCUCCUUGAAAUGUGACUCCCCCCAUUCUAGAAAUCCCCUGCCCACUGCAGCCCUACUUCGCACUUCAGGAGAUAAAUCAUUUUUAUCCAGUUUCUGUUUAGAACAAGCAGAUGACAAAAAAAUUAUACUUUCUCUACUCUCCACCCUACUCAAUCCACUAAGAACAAAGAGUACACAGAUAUUUAUCUGAUAUUAUGCAACCAGUAUGAUCUGUUUUUAAUUACCUAAGGACUCUAGUAGGCUUACUGAGAGAUAGUUUUGUAACUUUUGGGGAUGCUUCUUAAAUAUUUGAUGAAUUUAAUGCCACUGACAGUCAUAUCAUAUGUCUGUUGUUGCCACACACAAGUAAUUUUGAUUACAGAUUUGGUUACACUCUUUAGAGUAAUACCAGGUUUGUUUCUAUCAGGUUUCUAAUCCUUGUGUGAAACUUUUAGGAGACUGAAGCUGUAACAGUGGUGAAUAGUGGAAUACAUAUAAGCAGCUAAGUUAGUUGAUCUCAGAGUUGUGAAGUCUGUGUAACUGCAGAUGUCUUUCAUUGUAGCUGUGUUUAGUGCGGGUGGGUGGGUGAGGUGAGUGAGUGGGUGGGUCGUGUGUGUGUGUGUGUGUGUGUGUGUGUGUGUGUGUGUGUGUGUGUGUGAAUAAAAUUGAUUGAAGAAGAAAAAAUGUCACCUUGAGUCUGUGCAAUGUCACCCAUUCAUCUGAAUUACUUACGUAGUACCAGUAGGAACUGUGGGCCUUCUGAGUCUAUUCAACCAGUAAAAGUGUAAUAGAUACACUGUCAUUCUGACUGUUUUAAUAUAUUACAAGAAACUUUUGUGUUGUUUCUGUGUGUGUAGUAUACAGUACAGUCAUAUUGGUGCUUUCAGUUUUCAGUGCAGUUUGUUUGUGUCCCAACUUUACACAGUGUUCCACUGUACAUAUUAGAAAAAACAGGGUGUUCUUUCCAGCUGCUGAGACAUUCUGCACCCAAUGUGUGGCCUUCAUGUUCUUAAAGACAGUCAAACAUUAACUUGAUAUCUAAUGAUUCUUAUCUGAUGAAAAUGUUAGGUGUUCAGAUUACCUGUAUAACAAUUAUUUGAACUGGUUAACAAGUAUUAAGAAAACUCAUACUAAAACACUUGUAUCGAUAAAACUAGACUUGUUACUCACUCGCCAGAGCAUACUGAAAGGAACAGAUACUCUAGGAUGCUGUUGAUAAAUCCUCUUAUUUCAUAGCUUACAAAACUACUUUUAUAGGAAAGCUCCCACAUGUCCAUGAGAGACAAAUUGCUUUGGUGGUAUAACUCUGUUGCUUUAAAAAAGUUGUAUAGUCUGGCAGGAGAUGGAGGAAUGUCAACACUGUGCAAUUGAAUACCAAAUUCUUCCACGACAUCUUGUUUUAUAAAUCAGUCCACGAUUGUAGAAUCAAAAUGUAAGUUGAUGUUUAUUACAUUUUCGUUUUCACUCUACUAUUGCCUAAAGAAACUUGCAGUUUCUGAACAUUAUAUGAAAGAUUUUAAAUAUUCAGGCCUUUUAUUGAUCAGUUUCAUAUAACAAAGUUUUGUAGAUAGUAAAAUUGAAACUUGUGUGUUGUGUAUAAUUAUUAAGGGUUAGUGGUUCACAAGUAAACAAAUACAUAACCAUGAAAUAAGAUGACUGUAUCCCACAUCACAAAGUACCCAUUGUACUCAUAGAUGAAAAUGUGUAUUUCAUAUUUAUUCUCUGAUGAAACUAGACCUAAUAAAGUGUAAACUUAUUUGUCAAAAGGCAAGAAAGGUACUGAAACACAAUGAGAUGUUUGAUUUUUGUUUCCAUUGACUGUCAGUAACAACACAGCUGAAAUGACUCAGAUGUAAUAUAUUUUAAUAUGUAAUAAAAUAUGUAAAAUCAGUAAUCAUGUCUGCAGGUAGGGGGAUAAUUUCUUGUAUAACUAUCUUUCUAGUUGUGCAUCUGUAUGCAUAAGUACUGUGAUUACAGCUUUGCAGUAUUGUAAAUUUACAAUCAGAAACAUUCCUUGAAUGAAAAUUUUGUUUUUUGUCAUUGCUUUGUAAUAGUGUGUAAAUGAUCUCAUCAUUUAGUUAUAAUGUACUUAAAAAAGCUUCAACAUUUGCCUUCGCGCAAAUUGUACUUGGAGCACAAAUGUAAAAAUUGUGAGAGCACAAGAUUUGACUGUGUUUUGUAAGGGUGAUACACACCAGUAUUCAAUGAGGAUAGUGAUAUUAACAUACUUCCUGCUGUUACUAGUGCCAGCAAAAUUAAGUAAACAGUAUGAUUUAAAAAUAGUCUUAAAUAUCAUGUUAGUAUCAUCUUUCAGUUCUCAAAGUUCAGUAUUUCAUAUUUAAAUUCAUUCUGGAAAAGCAGUUGACCAUUUCAGUGGUGCAGGUUUCAUUCUCAAUCAUAAUUUUAUAAAAAAGAGUGGUACCAUCCAGUGCAGAAAAGAUAUCGAAUACAAGUCAAUGUGUGUGUAAAAUUUGUUUUAUUGUAAAAUAAAGUUUUUUGAUUAUG